CUCUGUACUGAGCAAUAGCCGCACAGGCGUCUAAUUUAUAUGCCGUGUUGUCAGCUGUCAGAGCUCUUACCCACUCACCCUCCAACUACAGGAGUACCCCGCAUGAAGAUGUCGGAGAAGACCAGGCAUCAGCUUCUUAGCAGCGAAUAAGACAUAUACAUUCUUGACAUUUAAAGUUUUGUCUUGGAAUAUAUCUCCAUAUUUUUUAUGAUCAAAUGGAAAGGUGCACUUGUCCCUCUCCCCUGCCCGUUAUCAUCCUUUUGUGCACCAGUUUAGCUAUAGUCCCUUCUGCUGCUCAGAUCUCUCACCAAGAAAAUCAAACACAUGCAGUCCACGUGCAUAAUGCGUCCUUCCAUGCUCAGCUACAGAUCACCGCCAACGCUCCAGCACACAGAGAUCAGAUAGCCAAAGAGGGAAGCAGUACAGUGAUCGAGUGCAACCUAAAUGCCACCCAGAAUGGAGAUGUUGUGUGGUUUAAUUCCAGAGGACACCCGCUUGGAGAGGUGGAAGGAGGAGGGAAAUGGCUGAUCUCCUCCAGUGGAGCCCUAAAUAUUACCAGUGUGACCUUCGCUGAUCGUGGAAGGUACACGUGUAUGUGUCCAAAUGGGAAUAACACCUCCUUCUAUACAGUUACUCUCCGGGUGACUUUCACUUCCGGAGACAUGGGAAUUUACUACAUGAUUGUCUGCUUGGUAACCUUCACUAUCACCCUGAUCCUCAACAUCACUCGACUCUGCAUGAUGAGCAGCCAUCUGCGGAAGACGGAGAAAGCCAUAAAUGAGUUCUUCCGCACAGAGGGGGCUGAGAAGCUACAGAAAGCUUUCGAGAUAGCUAAACGCAUCCCAAUUAUCACCUCUACCAAGACUCUGGAACUGGCCAAAGUGACUCAGUUCAAAACCAUGGAGUUUGCACGUUACAUUGAAGAGCUGGCCAGAAGUAUUCCGCUGCCCCCUCUUAUCUUUAACUGCAGGGCUUUUAUGGAGGAAAUGUUUGAGGCUGUGAGGUUGGAUGACCCGGACCUGGUUGAAAAGGACCACGUGGCAGGAAUCUACACUAUCAGUCCAAAUAUGGCUCGGAGUGGAUCUCCCGGUGGUGACUCAGAAGACAGCUCAGUCCAAGGGCAGGAAAUAGCAGUCAAUGUGUCUGUUCAUCCUCAAUUUGAGACUCAGAGUAUAAACACCAACAACUCUCAAGAGUGUGGUCCCAUAGCGUGUCCUGAGGAGGUUAUUUCCAUAAUGGAGCAGGAAAGGCCACCAGAGGUCAUGGUUUGACUAUCUUAAACUCUUUACAAACCUGUGAAUUUUUCAUUCCACCAUCAUAUGUCUCAUUGAUACUUACUUGUGCCAAGUCACUUUGUUGUACAAUUAUGUUUUUUAUAACUAUGCGAUCGAAGAGAUCAUUCUUGAAUGGUAGGUAUUGUCGUGAAUUGUGCAUAAACUGAUGGAUCAGAUUUUCUAUUUUCUCUGUACCAUAGAACCCUCCAAGCAGCGUUAAAAGAUCUUCCUCCUACAGAUGACUAAUUUACAGAUGUGUCCUCAUACAUCUUGCCUCAAUACACCAUGCGACACGAGAUGACUAGCGUGAGUGAGCUGGCAGCUCUGCUAAUGUCAGGUGUCUUGGUUUUGCCGAGAAUGCGCCACUGUGCGAAUAAGAUGCACAAGCAGCUUAUGCUGGUUAAAAUAAUAUGCAGUGUGUCUAUAUUCUGUGUGUGACCGUACUGUGUCUGCAUAGAAAAUAGUGAUUUCUAGGGAAACACUGUAAUGUAGCAUUUCGUAUGCAGAUACAGCCGCAGUCGCACUGCUGAUGGUCGGCGCUUCAGAGUCGCACCACGGCAUAGCAUGACUAGAAUGGCUGUUUAAUGUGACUGCAGCAAGGAUGUAGGAGGACACAUCUGUAUUAUCUUUAUGCCCUAUUGAAAACUUUUACUUUGCAUCUUUAAUACAUUAACUGUUGGUGUUUUUUAUUCCUGAUCUAAUGCAUCAGUUGUUCAUUAUUCUGAUCACCCUUGGAUUUGACACAUAGCUGCUUUCUGGAAGAACUGUUCUCAAUGCAGGGAAACCAGCAGUGUCUGUCAUAUCAAAGGGAACAAGUAAAAUAAACAGAAAAUCUGCUUGAUUAUUUAAAAAGCACAGAAUGAGGUCCAAUAGAUAAGUGAGAAAUCAGUGAUUUGGAAGUAGGCAAUAAUAGCGCCACUUGAUAGGGAUUGGCCAGGAGGUAUUUGAGAGGUAGCUGUUGCAGGCCGGAGAGGGUGGCUAGUGAAAGGGUGCAGCUUUCAAGUGUUUCCAGUGCUCUUUAAUCGUUAAGUACAAUAUGGGUUUUAACACUGCAUGGGGAUGUACAGCCCCUUUUAAGGUAACAGAAUACAUUUCUGUAAUACUGAAAAUCAAAAUGGAUAUUUUUUCUUUUCUUUUUUCUUUUAAAUUCUGGCUGAUGCAAUUGGGUUUCGAUGUAAACCUCUACCAGAUGCCCUGAGGGUCAGGAUGCCAGAACAGAUGUGAAUUGGAGCCUUGUAUGUACAUAUACACAGUAGCAAUGGAGAAGCUCCUGGGAAUAUUGACUAUAUACAAUUUCUUCACCAUCUGUCACUAAUACAUACUGUAGGUUGAAUAUUACAGUUCAGCAAAUGUAGGCGACAGGUCCACUUUUACAUUGGUGAGGCGGUCAUCACAGUAUUUAUAUGGGUAAUUAACAGCCAAUUCAGCAGAAAGAAAAAAGACUGCAACAUUUAUAGAGGGCAAUUCAGUUUGGUCGAUGGCCAUUAAGUGGCGUCUGGAUGGCGCAGGAAGAGCUGUAAAGCCGGCACCUCGCCUGAAGUUUUCUCUUGAGCCUCAGAUGUGAAACAAACAAUGUGGCCCAUAACGUAAUUCUCGGUGAUGUGCGCGCAGCGCUGAAAACUGGUUGGUUUUUAAACUUCUUUUAAAUCGGUGCUGUUUUUAAUGUAGAUGGGGCACAUCAAUCCUUGUCUAUAUUAGAGUAACACUUUCCAUUAUAUCGUAGAUGGAUUAUCUACAGUUAUCGAUGUACCAAAGAAUGUUGCUUACAUGACCAAAUUCGCAUAAACAGAGCUGCUCAUUUCUCUGACAUUGGGCCUAAUUCAGACCUGAGUGCUGCUGUGCGUUUUCGACUGCCAUCUCAGCCCUGCGAUCGCCUCUGCCUGAUUGACAGGCAGCGCCAGUCACUGGCCGCCGUUUUAGGGGCACGGGCUGGGAAACGCAGGCGUGACCGGACCGUGGAGGGCGGGCCGCUGCGGCCGCGUGACGGAUAGCGACGAGUAGCUCCCUGCCAGCGCGCUGUGCAAUGCUUUUGUACUUGUGCGGCGGAGUAGGGCCUGACAUGCGGGGUGGACUAGCCCUGUGCUGGGCGUCCCCCCGCAUGUCAGGGAAGCUGAACGUAGAUGUGCUAAAUUUAGCACAUGUACGAUCAAGUCUGAAUUAGACCCAUUGUGCAAUCCGCAGCUACUCCCAGUCUGAAGAAAUAAUGAGCAGGCAACAUUAUAAUGUAGCAUGCUUUUCUGGCCACUUGCCCCUUUCUGUGCUCUCCGUCCUCCUGCGGUUUAAUGCUGUCAUUGUGCUAGACACCACUGUGUCAGGCUGGUGAAAGUUGCAUUAGGUAAAAAAAACAUGCUGCUUACAGUUCCUAGCGCAGGUGGACAGGCAAAUGAGAAUUCGCAGUGCAUGCUGUUAGUUUGAUGUUACAGAAGUAAUUUUGUAAGCUGUUUAAUCAUGUUUUGUAUCAGACACCUGUGAAUGCUGUAUUUGUCAGGAAUAGACACGAUUACAUUCCUAUCUGUGAAACCCAGACUAAUUUAUAUUCCAUCUAUUUAUUCCAGAAUGACAGGAGGGAGGGGGGGUCUUUACAACUGCAGCAGCUGUUUAUGGAUGGUGUGGUUUGACCACAGACGGUGAUAUAGACCCCCUCCCUGCCUUUUCAAUGUAUGUGUGUCUGCACUGAUCGUUUGAAAUGAUUAUGCCCUGCAGUUCUCAUUUCCAUCAGUGGCAGCAUUAUGCUGGCAAGUUUGUGCUCUGACUGCUAAAUCAUGCAGCAGCCCAGCGGUUUACAAGGUGUAUCUAUCUUGCUGUCUGUCUGUCUAUCAUUCCAAUUUAAUAUAUUUGCAACCUUAAGUCCAAAGCGUGUUUGGCCAAAUAAUAAAUAAAGAUGGAGCUCAGGGUCAGAGACGGUUCAUGGAAAAAAUAAUUAUACAUGUUCUCUACUAACGAGGAGUAAUUUAAUUGCACAGAAUGUUUUCCUCCCCUGGCAGGGUUUGUUCUUCUAAAGGUGCGUGUUACUGAUUCAGAAGAAAAUUGUACAUGGCCACCUGAGUACGUGGUUGCACCUGUAGAUUAUUCUCCUUGUAAAUGCUCCAGUACUGCAGUCUGUAUUGAGAAAUAUCACAAUACGAGAGGCCUGAAAACAACCUGAUUCUUAAAAAAGUUUAAUUAUCGAGAAAGUUCAGAAGGUGACCAUAUGGAGUGGCCAAUAGGGGCAAUCUGUGGCCAUCUUCUCAUAGGUCCGUACACAUGGCACGGUGUCACUGAACGACACAUCGUGCCUGUUGGGGGGGGGGGGGUGGACGCCAUCAGCAAGUUGCUUGCACACUUACCGAUGCCAGCAGCGACGAACGGUGGCGGGGGGAGGGAGCGGGGGCCACGCUGCAUUCGGCAGCAUGGCAUCGCUAACGACAGCCCCAGAUAUUCUUGCAUGUUUAGAAGAUCUGGGGCUGCCAUCCCGCGGGUGCACACAUCGCCAUCAGUAUCGGGCAUACACACGGAACGAUGUACACGGUGUGUCAUUCCAAAUGAUCGGGAAUGCCCACAUCGUGGCUCUAAUCGUUCCCUGUGUACCCACCUUAAUUCAGAUCCCGAAGGAUGCAAAGUACGAAUAUCCGGUACUUCGCGCAUAUGCUGGUCCCAUAUUCCAUCCAAGGAUGAAGCACUCGAUUACAAAUGGCUGCAGGAAAGGUCCACUUAUACCAGACGCAUUACCAUAUUAGUGCAUCACUAAAGCUUCCAAGUAAGCAGCAGCGAUGCAAAUCCAACCACAAGUGAAUUAGGCCCAAAAUUCCUAAACCUGCACAGUAAUCGUAAAUGCACAAAUACGUCCUGAUGACGAUGGGAGUAGUUAUAUUGCAGUUAGGGUUUUAGUUAUGUGCUGGCCUGCAGAAUAGACUACAUGCAGUCAGCGCAAGGUGGAGGAGGAGAGGAAGCAAACAAUGCAUGAAUCGCAUAGACCAAGAUAAGACGAAAAUAAAUAUUAUGUUUAAAGAUAGUGAAGUUUUGAUUUAACCCCCCCAUUAAUUAUCUAUGUCACGUUUGUAGAACUCAUCCGUUCAACCACCAAAUACCAAAAGGAGGUAUUCCUCCCCAGGAUCCCCUCUCUUACUUGAAGCUAACAUUAGCCAAUAGGCCUCCUUCAUCCUCUGUUCUAAAGUUAGGGCACAGGAGUUGUCUAAAGCUGGGUAUACACUGGCACGAUGGGCAUUUGCGCCAACAUAGGAACUACUGCCUGUCAGCAGUGAUUGCCCAUACACACUGGCGCGAUGUUAAUGCAGGAUGCCAGGAAUACUGCUGCACAUAUAACUUAGCAAUAUCUCUAAUGAUCGUGGGCAUCCGCAUAUCACCUGUACACACUUGGGGUUAUUCAGAGUUGGUCGCAGUUUUUGCUAUAUUAGCAAAAGCUGCUACCAAUAAAAUUGCAUGUUGGGGGCCACCCAGCACAGGGCUAAGGACGCCCAGUGAUGCGAUUGCAGUUCAAUUGUAAUUGCAUUGCAAAAACAUCCAAGAGGUUGACCCCUGCGUAUGCAGACUCACCGCCAUCAUGUUUCAGAUCGCAGGAAGCGCAGGCGACGUCAUCUGCCCCCACCCCCGAAAACGGCAAUGACAUGCCUGAAUUUCCUGGUCCCCCUCCCUAACGCCGUGUCUCCGCCCCCGAACGUCCGCCUCCUGUCAUUCAUAAUGCAAUUGCGUCCUUACGGCAUACGGUCACAUAAUGACUAUGCGCACCCGCGCGCUCCGGCAGUUUGCAUCCAUCCCUGAGUAAGGUCCACUGAUCGAUGUAGGCAAUAUGUUGUGCCAACAUCGCUCCAGUUUGCACCCAGCUUUAAUGUGUAACUUCUUUUAAACUACUUUGGAACUCUGCCAUGUCUGCAUGUGGAUGGUAUAGCGCCACCUAUAGUGCAGUAUAAAAAUAAGCACCUUCACCCAACAUACUGUUAUCUGAGUUUCUAUACGAAUACAUUGGCAGGCAUGAUUCACUUUAUCCUGUAGAUUUAUCCUAACUGUGUAAAACGUUCUUAGCUGUCAUUGUGAAGGAACCGUGAUUACAGUAUUACAGAUUAUUUUCUUAUGCAUUGUUUUUGUUGCUUGUUACUGUCUGACACUCAUGUAGUGCAUCUAUAAUGAAUCAUGCGUUAUCUGGAGUCGUUUCUUCUUGUAUUUUUCUGGUUUCUUAUAGAAUAUGUUAGGACUUUCAUGAAGUGAUUUAUUAAAGACGAAAAAUCCUUUCAUUUAAUUUUUAUAGGGAUUAAAUACAUAUUUAAAGUGA